GUAUCGCACUUGGCCAGCUUAGCACGCGUCUCUUUUGUACGUUUUCGCUUCUUCUCCGCUGCUUUCGCUCGCUCGCAAAGCCGCGGAUGUUUUGUGUGUGAUUGUUCAUAAUUAUUUUUGUCAUCGUUGAAACAAGUUGGUUCUUUGAAAGCAAAAAAUAAGGUGGAAAAUAACAAGUGAUGCAAUGCAGAUUUAUUGAAGAGUUUGCCAGAAGAAAGAAAGCAGGAUCGUUGCAGUAAACAGCUAGAGAAUAUCGAAAAUAAAGUGCGUUUUCGAGCGAACAAACCCAAAGCGGAAGAUCAAGAGGCACUGUCACCUGUGUAGAUGUGACAUUCUGUCACAGCGUUGUUAACUAGUGAAAUUUUUUUUGGAAGGCGCAAAAUUUCACGUCCCACUAAAUAGCGUUUCGUCUACGGUGUUGUGCUUUUCUGUGCUCUGAAAGAAAUCGGAAAGUGUGAAAAGUUAAAAAUAGUUGCGGUAGGAUCCGUUUAGAGAAUUCCAGCGACAAAUCACGUGCUAGAUAAUCUGGAGGAAAAUUUAUCGAAGAUCGUUGAUAUCGUGCCAAAUUAGUAUUCUAGCAAGCGCGAGAAGAUUAAUAUUCAAAUAUUCGUUUUGUGUUUUGUAAACAACGUUAAAUGGUGUGUAUUACGUGUUAAGGUGAAAAGGUCGUUAACAAGCAGGUUUUUUUGAGUGUAUUGCGUUGUUUACUGUUGUUGAGGGCUGGGCAGUGAGAAAAAAAGAAAUCAAAUUCUAAUCGGUGUUUGUCGUUUUACGAAGGGGUGGCAAAUCGCUCGCUCUAGUACUGCAACGUUUUUGAGAAGAGAAGAAUAGAGCCCAAUCAAAGUUGGCGCUGGACGGGGGCGAAGUAGGCGAAGAGGCUUGGAGUCGGGAUUCUUGUGCGAUUAGGAUGAGCUUGAAGAAGGCAAGUCGCACCAAGAGUCUGUCGCUGAGCGGAGAUGACUUCCCGCUGCGGCCGGCCAAGCCACGGGCGGCCUUCGUUACGCCCAAGCGCCCGGAGGAUACGAUGAAGAUCAUGAAGUACAUCGACGACAACGUGAUCGGGAAGGGAGUUGCGUUUCUUGGCCCGUUCGGACGACGGAAAGUCGUCUACGCCGAUUACGCUUCGUCGGGUCGUUCACUACAGUUCCUAGAAGACUACAUCAACAAGGAAGUCCUGCCAGCCUUUGGCGAUACCAAUUGCAUAUCAGCCGUCACGGGCCUUCAGUCGCAUCUCUACGACAACGAAGCCCGCGAUCUAGUCCGAGCAGCGGUCGGCGCCAUCGUCGAAGAUGAAGUCGUCUUUUGUGAUAAUCCAGCCGAACGGCUCUGUUUCCUUCUAUCGAACGCUACUACCAGUACAACCGGCCCCAGUUGCAAUCAGCCGACCACCUCACUACCACCGGUCCUGUUCGUGAGCACAUCGGAACCGGUUAGGAAUCUCAAAUUAUGGAUCGAUGCCGGUUGGCACGUGGAACGGAUAAUCAAGAAUCACGAGGGCUUCCUGGAUUUGGUGGACUUGGAGAAGCGUCUGAUGCAGUACUCGGAGUCCAAACGGAUGAUGGUGGGUCUAUUUUCCGGGGCGUCUCGACUGACGGGGAUUUUGGCGGACGACGUGGCAACGACGAUUCUGCUCCAUCAGUACGAUGCCCUGUCCAUUUGGGACCACAGUAUAGUGGCUUCGUGUGCGCCGAUCGUCACGAACCCGAUUCUGCCGGGAGCGAAGAAGGAUGCCAUAUUUUUCCACUGCAGUCGGAUGGUGGGUGGAGUUCAAGCACCGGGGGUGCUGGUGAUCAAGAAGAAGCUGGUCGAGAACUCGGUCGCAUUUCUACACCAGACGGUCGGGGUGGUGGAAGCCGUGAGGGCAGGUCUCGUGUUGCAGUUGAAGGAAUCGUUGGGCGUUCAGGCAAUUAUGAAUCGCAUGGAGAAAAUCUGCAAACAAAUACUGGCGCAUGUGAGGACGAUCCCGGAGAUAACGUUGCUGGGACCUCCGUGCACUACGGCAAAGCGUCUGACGACGCUUUGUUUCAUGGUUCGUCAUCCGCGGGGGGCUUUUCUGCAUCAUCGCUUCGUAGUGGCCGUACUGAACGACGUAUUUGGAAUUCAGGCCACGGCGGAUAAUAUGAUUUCGGAUUCGCUGGGGAUAAAUCCGCAGCUGGCUGUGGAGUACGAUAAGGUUUUGAAUGAAGAGUCGUUGAAGGCGGCCAGUAUCCAUCCGGGGUACAUUCGAAUAACGUUUCCGUAUUUUAUGGCCGAAGCAGAGGUAGGUUUCAUACUGGAAGCGCUGAAGAUGGUGGCAACGGAAGCGUGGAAGUUGUUGCCACAGUACGAUGUAGAGGACCGAACUGGGGAAUGGAGACACCAUUCAAACUCGCUGGCCAAGGAACGCAAGUGGCUGGGAGCGAUUCGUUACAUCGACGGGAAGAUGCUGUUUUCCGAUAGGAGAAUCUCCGGACCCGGGAUUUUUCCGCAGAGUUAUUCGGACUGUCUGCAGACGGCACGGAAUCUCUUCAAUCGAGCUAGGAAGAUGGCGCAAAAGUCCGCAUCGGAUGAAAUUGUUCUCAAGUUGCCAAAUGUGUCGGUGGAGAAGCUGCGAUGGUACAUGCUGCCUGGAGAGGCCCAUGAACUGCUGCUAGGCCAUUCGCACAGCGUCAAGAAUACAGUGCCAUUCGAUCCCACCAGGAUUCCAGAGAAUCCCUCGCUGUUGAUGAUCCACCGUCAUCACAGUCUAUCGGCGCUGGACAUCAAGCGAUUCAAGAGUCGUAGUCUUCCCGCAUCUCCGCUGCAGGUGACCAUCCGGAGGCAGCACUCCAGUUCGCCGCACCAGUCGCACAGUCCAACGCCGACACCCACUUCGUCGCCGCCGAUUGUUCGAUUCUCACUCGGAGGUGAAGUCAGCAGCUACAGUCCUCCGCAGCAGGUGACGAAUCUGAUCGCUCACGACACCAGCAUCAGCCGGAAUAGAUGCAAUAGCUGGUGUUCCCCAACGAGCUCGGCAACAACUUGCAGCCCAACCGACAACGGUAGCCUCACUAAUCUUGACUACAGCGCUGUCAAUGUCAACGACGACGGUGCUGCUGGUCUUGAUUUCUUUGGCCCUCAGACUCGAAACAGUCUGGGGUUGGGCCAACAUCAGCGCCGACAAUCGCAGGCGGCGGUAGCGACGACGACGACGACGAUGACCACGAUGGUAUUGGAAGCGCCGCUGCCGCCACCGCCGUCUGCUCCUCGAGUAGCGGGGCGACCGAAGCAGCGAUCUUGUUCCUGCAGUAGCCAGACGGAUCUGAGCAUCGGAUCCAUCGAGAAUCUAGCCACUGCAUUGGCCGCUUCGCCCGCACCCAGUCUUCCGAAUCUGCAGUCGUUGCCAUUGGGAAGCAGUUGCAGUGAAACUGCCGAAGAUAUCCAGGCGUACGUGAAGGAAGUAACCAAAGAGCUGGCAACCGAAAUCAAAUCCGAAAUCCGAGACGUCAUCUCCAGAGUGGAAGAUGCUCUGGAGAGUACCGAUAGUUUGGAUAUGAGCGGUGCCAAUUUGAGUUCCCUGGGCAAUAUGAGUUACAAUAAUGACAGCAAACGUGACUCGAUCUCUGCCAGCGAUGUCGUCGACUAUCUCCGGGAGUUCAGCAAGGGAAUGAUGAACGAGGUCAAGUCGGAGAUCCGCGAUGCUGUGAAUGCCGUGGACGAGAUCAUCUCGCCGGAAGGUGGUCUAGGCUCGCGCAAAAAUUCCCCACCGGACAUCCUCAAGGGCAACUCGGCCGGCGGCGGUGGUGGCCAUAGACUCUUCAUUAAGCAGCGCUACAGUGAUAUUACGCCGGACAUCAACCGGCCAAAGUCCGCCGAUAUCGACAAACACCGGUCGGAAUCGUUCCCUCGGCCGAACUCGUCCAUCUCAUCCACGGCUGCCACGGCGCCCAGUCCGGAACACUCCGGACCGGGCUUCCCCUACACCGGUGCCAUCGCGAAAAAAUCAGAUCUCACCUCGUCCAUGUCUUCCCAGGACUCCGGAAUCAAUAUGAGCUUCACCGAGCAGGACGACAAACUUCGGGCCGCCGUCAUCAAUGAUAGAAACCGCACAAUUUCAGCACACCUUGAGUCAGACUCAUCAGCACGUCAGCAAAUCCCCCCGCGACGAGUCCAGUCGGAAUCCGCUGCACCCUUGAGUGAUUCGGCUCCGGAUCCGGAAACUCCGGAAUCGCAUCCAGGGCGUCUUCCAACCACCCCGGAAGUGGAUGUUUACACCCCGAAAAGCGUGACCCUGACCCGCCAGUCGAACGUGAUGAAAAGCUCGCCCUCGCAGGAAUUCGACUCGGACGCAGCUCCGGAGGGCGCUCGGUGGCUCAAUCUCCCGAAGGAGAUCUGGAAACAGGCAGCCGAGGCCCUCGACGAUUUCGAUAUGCUCAAGGACGGAGACCGCGUCAUGAUCUGCCUAUCCGGUUCCAGUUCCUCGCUCUGCCUGGUGCACCUGCUGAGACAGUUCAUCCGGGCCCGCAACCUCAGCAACGUCCAACUGGCCACAGUAACCUUCGGCGACUGCGGAGUUGAUCCGCGCGCCCUGAUGCUGUACCUGCGGGAGCUGGGCGUCGAGUUCUUCUACGAACAGAAAGAAACCCCCGAGAACCUGCAGGAGAAGGUAAUCACUGCUGCUCAGCGCCGCGGUUACAACGUCCUCGCCAUGGCCAACACGCUGGAUAAGCUGGCCGACCGCUUUCUGAUGUCGGUGCUAUACAAAGGUAAACUCAACUCGCUGCAAGCCGUCAGCACCGGUGGGCACAUCAGAAUCAUCCGACCGCUGCUCUACAUCCGCGAGCGAGCCCUGGAGGACUUUGCCGUGUCGACGGCUCUGCCGACGAGACCAUCGCACCUCUUUACGCACCCGCCGGGCGCGGUCCGCAGUAUUAUGCGCGUUCAGGAAGCCACCAAUCCGAACGUGUACGGGAACAUUCGCAGUGCGCUGAAACCAUUGCUGGCGUUGAGGGUGGAGUCAACAAAGUCGACGUACCAUUCGCUGAGGGCAUCGCUCGACACUAGGGAAUAACACGAGGGGCCUUGCAUCGCAGUACAACCAUAGAAUUACGAGUUAUAAGAUGCUAAUCUAGUUAGGAUAACUAAUUGUCUUUUUGGGGAAUUGCACGAUGUGUUUGAAAAAUUAGUUGUUACUGUAGCUAUCCAAGUGAUAUAAAACAAGAAGAUUAUUUUAUACGAUGUUUUACUAAUUAAUGUGUCCACAAUACUGUGCGAAAUAAAUGAGAAAAUUGUAUAGGUUCAAAAACCAUUGCGUGUUCUUAUAAUAAUGUGCUUAGAUCACAUCUA